AUGUUGCUCUCAAAGCUCUUGUUUUGGCUAUCGAUCUCCGGCUUUGCAGCAGCUGCAAGAGCCAAUAUUGGAAAUCACCUUCCUGCGAAGCGUGCAACGAUAAAAGUUCACGACCGACCUUCCUUUCCCCACAAUGCAACUCUACACCGGCGUGCUAACAUCAAUAAAUACGGGGGCUGCGACAAGCUUUACAAGAAUGGGAAAUCAAAAGGAAAAGAUAUUGUUAAACAAGGGUAUCAUGACAUGUUGCGGAUGACACAACAUAUCAACCCUUUUCUCGUGUAUUUAUCGCCGGAGGGGGACGCCGUUCAGCUAGCUCCCGGUCCAAUAGAGAAGCGAUUCUUCGGAGAUUUUUCCGAUCAGAGCUACAAGAGAAGUCUCAUUUAUGGUAUUAUGCAGAAUGCAGCUAAUUGGUGGCCUUGGUAUCCCUGGGACUGGUUCUUUGGAAGUCGAAUCGAAGUGUACUGCGAAGUGGACCAACCAACCAAGUCGGACACUUCGUGCAACAGUCAACUCCCCGGCCAGCCUGGCACGGUAGGCGCAUACGCUACAAAUCUUAAUGGAAGAGCGAAAAUUGUAUUUUGCCGCUCGUUUUUCGCCCAACCCUCGCUAGACGAAGUGAAAGCAGAGCUUGAUAAAUUUCCGGGGCGGCAGAAAGACUUGGGAUGGAUGAAAACCAGAGCUCAUAUAUUUUUCCACGAGAUGACCCAUUUGUCGAUCGUCGAGAACCGCUAUCCACACAUCGUGUUGGAUCAGAAGGAGAAUCCAGUCGGUUCAAGCGGAAAGGCUGUCUACGGUGCCAGGAAAUCCGAAGAACUAGCACAACGGUUUCCUGAUUAUGCGUAUCUCAACGCCGAUAAUUAUGCUUGGUAUGCAACAGCCAUGUGGUUUAAAAAGUUCUAUGGAGACCCAGAUCCGUCGUCUGUUUCUUCGACCGGGGCAGAUCAGCCUCCAGAGGAUGAUUGGGUAGAUUUCUUCGAGGACGACGGUUCUAAACCUAUCCCAACCGAGUUUGAUGAUCCAGACUACGACGAGAUCUCAGAAGCUGAAGCCAUCGCCUUUCAGGCCGGCGACUACACACCAUACGGUUGGCUGAAGAACAAGAACCUAAGAAUACUUCCACUUGGCGACUCAAUUACUUACGGCUUUCAGAGCUCUGACGGCAAUGGCUAUCGACAAGAUUUGUUGAGCAUCCUUACAGGAGCGAAGAAUACUGUUCAAAUGAUCGGCUCCGUACGAGCUGGUACGAUGGCCAACAAUUUCAACGAAGGCCACAAUGGAGCCACGAUCUCACAGCUGGCUACGUAUACCAGCGCGUACGGGCAGCGACCCAAUAUCAUUCUCCUUCAUGCAGGCACAAACGAUCUGAAUCUGCCGUCAGAGCCAGCAUCCGCUCCACAGCGUCUUGACUCGCUUGUUGGACAGUUAGUGUCUGCGUGCCCAGAUGCUACCAUUAUCGUUGCCAGGAUCAUCCCUUCUACGAACGGCGGUCUUGCAGCUCUGCUUCCGCAGUUCAAUAACGCGAUUACGGGACUCAUGGCUCAGCGCGUUCGACAGGGACAGCAAGUCAUGGUGGUAGACAUGCCUUCUGGUGUGACGACGGGAGAUCUCGCAGACGGGUUACAUCCGAAUGAUGAAGGAUACAAUAAGAUGGCAAUCAAGUGGGCCAGUGCAUUGACUGCAGCAGAUUCGAUCGGUUGGAUUAAAGACCCGGUGCAGGGUUCCGGAAAUCCCCUGGCAACAUGUAACCAUGAUCCGGUUUGGCUCCCGCAGGGUCAAAUUGCGAACGGAGCAGGUUUAGGAAGCAAUCUCUGGCUAACCGUGUCUUGUGCCUCGAAUCCAAUAACCGGACUCUGCACCUGCACAUCAGGGAAAGACAUACCUCUAACUCCGGCUCUCCUCAGCUCCACCGCCACAUGCGAAAUCGAAAUGCUAAAAUUCCCAGCAACUACCGCAGUUCACUUCGCUGAUUUGAAUGGUGACGGGCGUUCUGAGUACCUGUAUGUCGACAACGAAGGCGGUGUGACAGCGUUCCUCAAUCUUGGGGCCCCGAACCAAGGGGCUGAUGCAGCCAAGAUUUCCUGGCUACCUCAAGGCGAGAUCGCGGCCGGCGUAGGUGCAACCCGUGCAAGCGUUCAGUUUGCGGACAUCAAUGGGGACGGUAGAGCGGAUUAUCUCUGGGUUCACGAUGAUGGAAGUGUUGACUGCUGGUUGAACCUAGGCGGCCCCGACAACGGUCCAAAUGCAGCCAAGGUCAGCUGGCUACCGCAAGGCAAAAUCGCCAGUGGAAUAGGCAAAGAUGGAGCUGGCGUAAGAUUCGCUGACAUCAAUGGCGACGGUAGAGCCGAGUAUCUCUAUGUCUAUACGGAUGGAUCCGUGGAAGCGUAUCUCAACCUCGGCGGCCCUGACAACGGACCGAACGCCGCCAAAGUAUCCUGGUUGCCGCAGGGAGUAAUCGCAACGGGUGUAGGCAAGGCGAGAGAAAAUGUGGUAUUUGCGGACGUUAAUGGUGAUGGGAGAGCGGAUUAUCUGACGGUGUCGAGGACGGAUGGGAGUGUCCAGCUGUGGCUCAACGGAGGGGGGCCAGACACCGGGUCCAAUGCAGCGAAAGUUGUGUGGCUUCCUCAUGGUACCAUUGCAACUGGUGUCGGAACGAAUGGCAAAGGCAUUCAAUUUAGUGAUUUGAAUGGAGACGGCAGAGCGGAAUUUGUGGACGUGGCAUAUGAUACAUCCGCUGUUACUGCCUGGCUGAACGGUUCUCGCGUCUACAAGGACGACGCUCACGGUCUCAAGAUCCAUCUCUAUGACGUCCCUAUCCCCAUCCCAGCACCCGACCAAGUGCUGAUAAAGGUUACGGUGUCUGGCUCCAACCCCAAAGACUGGAAACUUCUCUCAGUUUACCCCGAUCACAAUGGUUUCAACUCUGGCGAUGACAUUGCCAGCAUUGUGCAAAGUGUAGGCAGUGAAGCGAAUUCGGAAUUCAAACCAGGGGACCGUGUGGCGGCCUUUCACACAAUGAUGAGCCCGUCAGGGUCUUACCCAGCUGCCACCAUCCCUCUGUACGCCAUGACUGCCGCUCUAGGACUAUUUUCCAACCUGGACCUACAAGAGCCCUGGGUCAGCACUAAUCAAACUCGAACACGAGUCCGGGAGGGCGGCAUCAUCGUCUACGGCGCCGCCAGUGCCGUGGGUGCCUUUGCUAUCAAACUGCUGGUCCACGCUGAUAUCCACCCCAUCAUCUGCGUCGCUGGAAAGGGCAUCUCCUUUGUCGAAACCCUCAUUGACACUGCCAAAGGCGACACCAUCAUUGAUUACCGCGAAGGCAGCGACGCCGUUAUCAGAAAUAUCGCUGCUGCUGUUCCUGGGGGCCAGACAUGCGCCUAUGCCUACGAUGCCGUUUCAGAUCAGCAGAGCACCGCCAACAUCGCAAAGGUACUCGAUCCACAUGGGCACAUCAACCUGCUAUGGCCAUUAGGCGAAUACCCGAGCCUCCCGCCGUCUAUUCAGCAGGCUAGAUUCAACGUCGCUGUUAUGCACGAGAACAAAAAGGAUCGCGAGUUCGCAUACCCGUGGUUUCGGCUGUUUGGCUACGGCCUCGAGCAGGGUUGGUUGACAAGUCAUUCGUAUGAAGUGUGUGAGGGUGGUUUCCAAGGCGUGGGGAUUGGGUUGAGGAAGCUGAUGAAUGGUGAGGCAAGUGCUGUCAAGUAUGUUUUUAGGGUAGCAGACACGGCUGCUUUAGGAGAGAGUCCCUGA